GCUCACAUCAAAGGAGAGAAAAUCUCUACCAUCAGGCCUGCAAGCAAAAAUCUAAAAGGAAGAAGGAGGAAAAGAGCAAGUCUUCAAAGCCGGAUAUAGUGUCAACAUUGGCACCAUGGCCUCAAACUCGGGAAUUGUUGUUGAUGAUGGUGAGAGCAGCAAGAAUUGUACCCUGGAGAGAUGCCUGAAUGUAUUUCGCGAUGCAAGCAAUGAUAGCGAACAGUUUGCAGCUCUGCUCCUGGUGACCAAAGCCAUCAAAGCAGGAGAAAUCAAUUCCAAAGCCCGUCGAAGGAUUUUCGAUGCCGUCGGUUUCACAUUCCCAAACCGGCUCCUGACUUCCAAGGAUCCCCCUGAGGGCUGCCCCCAGCACACUUUCCAAGCCCUGGGCCUCACUCUGCUGGCCUGUUUCUGUACAGAUCCAGAUUUAGCCCGGCAUCCACAGAUGCUGAACAAGAUUCCCAUCUUAAGCGACGUGGUUUCUGCCAAGACCAGAGAUGCUUCUUACAGUGCCAUGAUUGAUGACGCCUACCAAUGCCUCCGAGCCAUCUUGGCUACCCCCAAGGGUCCCAGAGAGUUGAUCAACAGGGGGGGCCUCUCCGCCCUCUGCCAGGCCUACGUGAACCACAGUUAUGGCUACGACCAGGCCCUUCAACUGCUGGUGGGGCUCCUGACGUCGGCGGAAACCAAGUGUUGGCAGAGAGCUACUACUGACCUCAUGGGCGUGCUUAGUGUCCUCAGCGCGGAGUUCCAGAAGGCCGAAGACAUGACCAAAUUCCAGCUGUGCGAAGUGCUGGCCCGCUUUGUGCCUCCUCUUCUCCCCCCGGGCUCCGAAUGUCUCUUGCCCCUCUACCGAGGCCUGUCGAGCAUCUUAACAAGCAAGCUAAGCGCCUCCCAGCGAGACCCUGCCUUGAAGCUUUCGGCCUGCCUCUCCCAAGCCUGCAGCUCAGCCUGGAUCCCAACCGGCAGUUCCGGCAGCAAAUUUUUUGCCCUCUUGGUCAACUUAGCUUGCGUGGAGGUCCGCCUGACCUUGGAGGAGCUGGACCUGACGGAAGUGGAUAAGAAGCGGGAACUGAUGGCCGCCUGCUACAUCCUGAUGGAGCUGGCCAUUGUGGAGUGUACCCGUGAGAAAGGCUCUCUCCUGCAAGAGACCCAGAAAGUGCAGCUGGUGGGGAUCCUGGAGGAAGCUUUGGGGGCUGUCAUACAUUACCUGAGACAGGGCCUUGUGUUUCCCCCUUCUAGAUUCCUGUUACCUGGUCUGAGCCACCUGACUGCCGAAGAUCGCCCCCGUGAGAUCCUAAUUUCGGAGGGGGCGCCUGUUCUCUUGUGCCAAUAUUUCCUGCACCGUUGGGAGAUCUUUGUUUCGAACACCGAAUCCCAGUCUGCUUCCAAAGUUAUUGAAGCCAGCCUUCAAACCUCCUGCGAGAUUUUCCUGAAUUUUGUUGUCACCGCUCCCGAUCUAAUCAGAGAGAAACACUGCCCUGGAUCCAUCUCAUGUGCCUGCCUCUUGCAUUUUCCCUCUCCAGGUCUCCAGGGGACUCCUGAAGCAGAUAGUUUCUUCGGCGCUGCCAUCCGUUUCCUCGGUGACGCUUACGUGGCCCAAGCCAGCACCGAAGGGGGGAUCGUGACCCUUGGCGUUUCGCCCACCUACAAGGCCGCCUGGCCGGCCAUCCGCGAGUUGUGGUUUCUGGGGAUGCAGGCCUUUGCUAGCUGCGUGCCUCUCUUCCUGUGGCUGCCCCAGGACGUCCUGCGUUCUGGCUGGCUGCAGGACCUCCUGGCUUUGCUGGGCCGCGUUAUCCCAUCCUCCGUGGAUAUGGAGGUGGCGAGGGCUUACCAGGGGGUCUUGGUGGAGCUGGCCAGAGCCAGCCAGCCAUGCUUGGAGAGAAUCCAGCAGCACCGGGGUUUGGAGCUGGCCAGUCUGUACGGCAUGGCCGCCUUAGAACAGUGUCUCUCCGAGCAGUGAGCGUGCUCGGGAAUAGGUGGUGGGAGAAAAGUACGUUCUCCCGGAAGUUGCAGCUUCCUUCUGUGUCCUGCAGGGGGCAGCUUUGUGGUAGGGGGAGAUAGUGUAUGUCCGGCCUCUCUUCUUCCCUAAGUAGCUUGCACAAAGUUAUACCGUGUAAUAGGGGCUGGUUUAUUUCUUUGCCAUUCUUUGUAUUUUAUUUAUUUAUUUAUUGGGGGGGGGGGGUUGUCAUUCUGCCUUCUUUCCAGGUGGCAGAAGACUCCCAAGGCAGCUCAGAUCUAACACACACACAUACACACACACAAACAAGAGGCAAGCUUUUGCAAAGUUUAGAGAUGAUCACAAAGCAACUCAAAAUCCAUCAAAGGGCUGAUGAUGAUGAUCAUGCAACGAUUAAACUAUCCAGCCCCCCACCAACAUAGUGUUCAUUAAAAGAUUGGGGGGGAGAGAUAUGUGUGUGUGUGUUGGCAGGGUGGGUUGGGGGUGGGGGAGUCUUUAAAGCCCCCUUUUUUAAAGAGAAAAAGAAUAAAUAAAUAGCUGAAGAGGUGCCAAAUAUUUGUCGCUCGGAGUUCCAUGAAGACGGGACCACCACUUUAAAAAAAAAAAGAGGAGGGGGGGGAAAGGGCAAACGAGGUGUCUCCGUGCAUGUUUUGUAGCUCUCUGUGAUCUCGUAGAGUAAUAUGAAGCAAAAGUCUUAACUUGCUGGCAGUAAAAAAAAAGAAAAAAAAAAGCAUCAAGCAUAAUGUAUUGCAAUGCACAUUAGUGCUGCUCCGUUGACUCUUUUAACGCACUGUGAAAUGAGAUAGAUGCUUCUCUGGAGAGAGAUUCAACAGAUGCUAAAGGAAGUCUGGAUUAUUUUAUUUUUUUUUCUUUUCCUAGCGUGAAGAUGUAAAGAUGACCUCGGCAUAAUGUUUGAACCCCAAGUGUCCUUUGCUAACCUCCGUCCUACUUGGAUAGGCUCCAAGAAUUUCCUUAAGUGUGGGAAGUCCUCAAAAAGAAACCAAUUCUUGUCUCAGGUCUCUGUCAUGGUUGAAGCUUUCCUCUCAAAGGAAGAGGGGAAACGCGGCACACCUUUAUUUGAAUGUAA